AUGAGACUUGAUGACGAACCAGAAAACGCCCUAGUGGUUUCGUCUUCACCAAAGACGGUUGUGGCUUCUGGCAAUGUCAAGUACAAAGGAGUCGUUCAGCAACAGAACGGUCAUUGGGGUGCCCAGAUUUACGCAGACCACAAAAGGAUUUGGCUUGGAACUUUCAAAUCCGCUGAUGAAGCCGCCACGGCUUACGAUAGUGCAUCUAUCAAACUCCGAAGCUUUGACGCUAACUCGCACCGGAACUUCCCUUGGUCUACAAUCACUCUCAACGAACCAGACUUUCAAAAUUGCUACACAACAGAGACUGUGUUGAACAUGAUCAGAGACGGUUCGUACCAACACAAAUUCAGAGAUUUUCUCAGAAUCAGAUCUCAGAUUGUUGCGAGUAUCAACAUCGGGGGACCAAAACAAGCCCGAGGAGAAGUGAAUCAAGAAUCAGACAAGUGUUUUUCUUGCACACAGCUUUUUCAGAAGGAAUUGACACCGAGCGAUGUAGGGAAACUAAAUAGGCUUGUGAUACCUAAAAAGUAUGCAGUGAAGUAUAUGCCUUUCAUAAGCGCUGAUCAAAGCGAGAAAGAAGAGGGUGAAAUAGUAGGAUCUGUGGAAGAUGUGGAGGUUGUGUUUUACGACAGAGCAAUGAGACAAUGGAAGUUUAGGUAUUGUUACUGGAAAAGUAGCCAGAGCUUUGUCUUCACCAGAGGAUGGAAUAGUUUCGUGAAGGAGAAGAAUCUCAAGGAGAAGGAUGUUAUUGCCUUCUACACUUGCGAUGUCCCGAACAAUGUGAAGACAUUAGAAGGUCAAAGAAAGAACUUCUUGAUGAUCGAUGUUCAUUGCUUUUCAGACAACGGUUCCGUGGUAGCUGAGGAAGUAAGUAUGACGGUUCAUGACAGUUCAGUGCAAGUAAAGAAAACAGAAAACUUGGUUAGCUCCAUGUUAGAAGAUAAAGAAACCAAAUCAGAGGAGAACAAAGGAGGGUUUAUGCUGUUUGGUGUAAGGAUCGAAUGUCCUUAG